AUGGCCGAGCAGGCACAGAGCGUUGUGACCUUUGAGGAUGUGGCUGUUUAUUUCUCCCAGGAUGAGUGGAGGCUCCUUAAUGUGACCUAGAGGCACUUGUAUCGUGAUGUGACGCUGGAGAACUUUGCGCUCAUUGGUUCACUGGGACUUGCACCUUCAAGAUUCCAUGUGGUUGCUCAGUUGGAGGGUGAUGAAGAACUGUGGGUGCCCAACAUCGUAGAUGUGACUCUGGUCAGCAGAGCAGAGGCCGGGAGGGGUCCUGGCCUUAGUCCACCUCAGGACACCUGUUAG